CAAUUUGCAUUUGAAAAGUGUAUCUUUCAAUAUAAAUUGUUGGAUAAUCACAAAAUUUCGAAACAAGAAAGAUCAUUUUAAAAAGGUAGAUCACACGUUGAAAAAUGCUUAAAGCUAUUUCAACAGCGACAAGGCUGUCCAUGCCUACAUUAUCAAGGUCUCUUCCUGCGUUUUCAACGUCUUCGUCUCGAUUUGCAAGCCAGGAUCCUACAACACGGAAGGAGGCUCCAAAAAUUGACACAGAAACCGUAAUAGCUUUGCCUGCAGAAGCCAAAGAGAAGCAGGUGUAUGAAUCACAAAUUUGUGUACCGACUAAGGUUGACUUGUCACCAAUUAGUGGAGUGCCGGAGGAACAUGUCCGAUGCCGCAGAGUUCGUAUUUAUCAACCACCAAAGAAUGCUAUGCAAAGUGGUACCAACAAUAUACACCACUGGGAAAUGGAAUUUGAUACAAGGCAGCGUUGGGAGAAUCCUCUUAUGGGUUGGACGUCAACUGGUGACCCAUUAUCUAAUAUGAAACUCCAGUUCACAAACCCUGAUGAAGCCAUAGAGCACUGUGAAAAGAAUGGUUGGGUGUGGUAUCUUGAUUGUCCCAAAACAGAGAAAGAAUUCAAGACAAAGAGCUAUGGACUUAAUUUCUCAUGGAACCGUCGUACCCGAGUCUCCACCAAGUAGAUUAAAAGUACAUUACAGUUUGUUGCUUAAU